AUGUCCUCCUCACCACCAUCCACACGAUCCUGUCCUCCCUCCACUAGACGUCCCAGGCGCACCAUGUCCGGAGAAGGUAUGGCGGCCGUCAGACAAAAGUCGCGCCCAUCUCUGGUUGCCAUGUUCCAACGACCCCACACAGAGCCUUCGCCAAGUCGUUCCUCGUUUCGCCGUGCUUCGAGUAUGCGAAUGAUGUUCGGUGGACGCAACAAUAAUAACGACAACAACAACAGUGAACAACAGGACCAAAGCUCCAUGGAGCUCCAUCUGGAAGACCUCAGCAACAGCAGUAGCAGCAACAUCAACAACCAGUCUUUCUCUUCGUUGCACGGCAGCAGCAGUAGCAAUCUUGGAGAAUCCUCCUGCUCCUCCCGCCCAGAGAGACGUCGUCGUCGCCCCAAACGAUCCGUCAGUGGACCCGUCCACCGAUUGCCCAGUCGCUCCAAGUCGGGCAGUUUCAUGAUGUCGCCCUUUGGAAAGAAUGACGCCGAUACCAAGGCCAUGGACGAACUGGAUGUCUUGACCCGAGAGCUGGAACGCAUGGCCAGUGCUCUGGAACGAGUGGAUUGUCCCGAGAAGAUCCUGCUCAAGCACAUGGCCAAGCAAAACGCUGCAUUCAAUGUGGCGGCAUGA